AUGGCUGCUUCACUGAAAACAUUGACUAUUGGCAUCAACGAUUUUACACUUCCGAAAUUUAACUCUUAUGUUGUGCGGGCAUAUGAUGCCGACAACUCCGCUGGGCCAUUUGCAUCUGUCAUACGGAUUUUCCCUCAUAGUAAAAUCCUUUCAGUGGACAAUCCGCUGGUAAUUUCAAGUGGUGACCAUACUCAAAAACGUGUUCGUAACAUAAAGGUCGAUACUUUUGGUGAUUUGCUUAAUAUUUUCAAAAAAGAAGAAUUUUUCAACGAUUAUGAGGCAGUCAUAAUUUCGUCUUCAAAUGCUUUUGAAGAAAAAUUGAUUAGGAAUAAGCGGGUAUCUUCUGAUGUCACUUUCGAUGAAGAACCAGGCGUUGAUGAAGUUAUAGAAUCAAGAAAACAGUCAGGCAGUCAGUCACACUUAUCUACAUUAGAUCGCUAUGACUUGCCUGUAAUAUUGCCUCCCUUGGAUUCAUCUCCGAUUAACAGUUCAUGUUUGCUUUACAUGGAAGCAUUUGAUAUUCUUAUUCCAAAUUCUCGUUCCUUAACUGUUGAUAGUGAAAGCAAAAACAAAUAUUCAUAUGACCCAUUUCACUACAGUUGUAACACGAAAAAUAACGAAGGAACUGCUAGCUUCUUGGUCGAUGUUGAAAUUGGAGAAAAAAUAGAAGAUCUGAAAAAAGAAUUCUUUUUACCACGUGGAACAGUAAUAUCUUUUAAAUUAGAUUUCGUGCGAAGUCGUAAUGGUUAUUGGUUUUUGGAUGGUACAACUUUGAUGAAAACUUUUAAAGUUGUUCAUGAAAAUGACAAACGUGAUUUAACAAUACAAAGUGGUACUGCUAGAAAUCAAGUGGAUGUUGGAGCUGCUUUUAAUCACAAUUUUGCUUGUCAUCAGACUGGAGCAGCAGUUUUCAAUACAUCUGAUGGGGAUCUUCAACAUAUCGGAAUCAUAUUGCGCAACUUUGAGAUAUCUUUGGGUUUGAUAGGUCCUGAAAUUAAGUUUGGAUAUCAUACUUCCGAUUGUAUUGGAACAUUUAGUGCCGGCACAUGGAUGGGUAUCAUUAUUUCUGUUGUGCUUUCUAGUGUUUUGUUGUUCGGUUAUUUGAUGGUGCAGUCAAUACAAACAAUGGACCGAUUUGACGAUCCGAAACAAAAACAAAUUGUUAUCAAUUUCAAAGAGUGA